AUGGCUCCUCUCGCCGCGCCGCCGGACUAUGCUACUGCUACUGCCGACAGGCCUCGUGCCCGGCCAGACUUCGAUGGGGUUACCAGCCCGCAAACGACAUACUCUAGCUUUCGACAGGGCGCAAGUGAUACCACAACAGCAAAUGCCACAGAGUCUCAACCACGGAGCAUGAGCGAUGCCAGACAACGCGUUGCAGAUGAAGAAACCGGCCUGCUCACACAGAAAAAGAAAUCCAGGAGUACACGAUCAUGCUGGUCCCGCUGGUGUUCAGCUCCGUUGGCCACCUGCCGCACAAUUCUUGUCAUUGCUCUCAUCAUUGUAAUAAUAAUUCUGGCCGCAGCUCCAGGUGGACACACAAGCAAUGACGGCAGCCAUGUUGGUGCUCCUGGGAAUCCCGACCGCGGCAAAUUGCCGUCCAGUCCCAACCAGCCGACUCCCUGGUUUCCACACUCCAAUGAAUGUCCCUAUGAUGUCUACACUGAUGUUCUGACGUACGACUUUGCCGAUCUCGACAAUUUCGCCUUUCUAGAGCUCAUGGAAGAGACCGAAUACCUCUCUCACAAAAUCCAAGGCAAGGUGAUCGUCAGACCAGCCAAAGACGUAAAUCAGGAAGCCGACAUCAGAAUACAAAUCCGUUACGCUACCACGUCUCCAUGGCAAGUGGUCAGCUCCAAGUGCGAGACGACACAAGAUUCAUUUGUCCUUCAUCUCCCAAAGGUGGAAGGCUCCGCGCGAUCGAGAUCUGGACGACCAUGUCUAGGAGUUUUUGCCAGUAUAGACGUUCGACCAGGCUUGACGUUGAAUGAUUGGACACUCACGACUGGAAAUUUGAACAUCGAAGUCGUGGAUGGCCUCUUCAGCCGAAAAUCCAGUGAAAUUCUGCAAGGUCAUAUGCAGAUCACUGGCAAAUCCACCUUCAACGCGGUGAGUGGCGCCUGCAAAAUCGCCCACUGGUCUGCCCGACACACCAUCAUCGAGACCAUCUCAGGCUCAAUCCACGGCUUCUUCGACCUGCUCGACCUCCUCUCUCUCAAAACCACUUCCGGAACCAUCGGUUGCACUGUCGACCCCAAAGACGCGGAUCCAGACGCUCCAGCUCCAGCGUACCUCAGUGUCACCUCCAUCUCCGGCACCGUCGACGUGCGCUUACCUACGACUGGAUCCCUUCCAAAACGGGACUAUCAGACCCGACUCGAGACCGUCUCCUCCAAUAUCCGCGGCGCGUUCAUUCAUGGCAGCUCCACCAGCAUCCACACCAGCUCCGGCGAUGUGCACAUCGAGCUAUUGCCCUACGUGAUGGACUCGCGGACUGUACCGAGCAUUCACACUUCCACUCAUUCCGGUACCACUGCUAUCCGUGUCUUACCGCCGCAUACGUUUCCGGGCGACUCAUGGGGUAAACUCCGUUCGGAACACAAGUCCAGCUCCAUCAGCGGCACGAUGCACAUCACAUACCCGGAUGAGUGGGAAGGGCUGGCAACGGCUGAUUCGACGAGCGGGACCAUCUCAAUCCGAGGCAGAGACGUCAAAAUCAUUGGCGACUCGAAGUCGGUGGGGGCUUUCAGACACGUUGUCGCGAAAAAGGGAGAUGGGAUGGGGAGGGUUGGUGUUAGGACUGUGAGCGGGACGAUUGAUGUGAGAAUAGGUGAGUAG